CCUAAAAUGGGUUUCGUUCAAUGUUGUCCUGCACACCGAUUUCGUGAAAUUUGUGAAUAAAGUAACUAUGGAAAGACUAUGGAAAGAAGCUCCUAAAAAAAGUGGAUAAAGACGUGGUUUGAACACGGGAGGUGGAAUAGAAGAGAGAAGAUACAGGUUAAUUCCGGCUGUCCCAUCUGUGUGCCAGAAGAACGCGGAGAGAGAGAUUGGACAUUCUGGAACCCCCAGCGGGACUGUCUCGUUUUCAGCCACCGAGCUUCCAAAAGUCCCAAAGCCCUGAGGAUCAAGUCAACAAACUGAUGCAGACUUCUUCAACUUUUCAUAAAAGGGCGUAAAGGCUGCUGGCUGUCUUGUCCUGCCCUGUAACCGAGCAGAGCCCCAAUGCCAGUGGACAUGCAGCCACAUCAGAGGCUGUAUCAUUAUGAGUCUACACCCAACCAGCCGCCCAGAGGUCAUACUCCAUCAGGAAGGUCACCCUACAGUGAUGUGUCAUCGCUCCGUGCUCCACUCCACAACGGCCAGCCUCUGGACUGCAGGAACAUGUACAACCCUAUGACCCCUAACCCCAUGACCCCUAAUCCCAGGACCAACCCUAACUCUGGGGUCAACCCCAUGGACCAGUACAUGCGGCCCCCUCUGGCCCCCCCACUGCACAGCAUGAUGGGACACCGUGGCAUGAAUCUGUUCUCCGAUGGUGGAAACAGCUCCCCCUACUGUCAGAACAACCUCAUGUCAUCCCACUAUGGCUUCCCCCACGGCCACGGAUCAGACCACAUGGGAGGCGGUUCGCGGUUCUCCACGCCUCGCUCCAUGCUGAAGCUGAGUAAGAAGCGUGCUCUGUCCAUCUCUCCUCUGUCGGACGCCAGCAUGGACCUCCACACGGUCAUCAGGACCUCUCCUAACUCACUGGUGGCCUUCGUCAACUCACGAUGUGGACCAAAUGGAGGCUCCUCCUAUGGACAUCUGUCUGUUGGUGCCAUGAGUCUGUCUAUGGGUCUCUCCAACUCCAUGAACUACCAGUCCAGACAACAAGGCUCAAUGUACGGUGGACACACCCCGGGACCCUGCCACGCCCCUCCCACCAGAAUACCCCCACACAACCCCCGACUCCACCCACCCAAACAUAGACACCUGAAGACAGAACCCGGACUGGGCAAUGUGAUGGAUGGGAUAAACAUUACGUGUCUGGAGGAGAGAUCCGAGGGAGACAUGGCCAGCCCUUCUUCCACUGGCACACAGGAUCCUCUGCUGGGUCUGCUGGACUGCCGGGAGGAUCUGGAUAGGGAGGAGAAACCGGAGCCAGAGGUCAUCUAUGAAACCAACUGCCACUGGGAGAGCUGCAGCAAGGAGUUUGACACGCAGGAGCAGCUAGUGCACCACAUCAACAAUGAGCACAUCCACGGAGAGAAGAAGGAGUUUGUGUGCCACUGGCAGGAGUGUUCCAGGGAGCAGAGACCAUUCAAAGCCCAGUACAUGCUGGUGGUUCACAUGCGUAGGCACACAGGAGAGAAACCACAUAAGUGUACUUUUGAGGGCUGUAAUAAGGCCUACUCUCGCCUGGAGAACCUGAAGACCCACCUGAGGUCUCAUACGGGGGAGAAACCAUACGUCUGUGAACACGAGGGCUGCAACAAAGCCUUCUCCAACGCCUCAGACAGAGCCAAGCACCAGAACCGUACACACUCCAACGAGAAGCCUUACGUGUGUAAGAUCUCUGGGUGUACUAAGCGCUACACAGACCCCAGCUCUCUGCGGAAGCACGUGAAGACUGUCCACGGCCCUGAGGCUCACAUCACCAAGAAGCAUAGAGGAGACACUGGGCCUCGGCAGCCAGGCUUAUCACUGACACCUGGUGGACAGCGUGGUGAACUGCUGCUGGAGAAAGAAGAGGCUGGACACAGGGAGGACUGCAAACUGAUGGCACCUGAGAGCACUCUGAAGUCUCAGCCCAGCCCGGGUGGCCAGUCUUCCUGCAGUAGCGAGCGCUCUCCACUGGGGAGCGCCAACAACAACGACAGCGGUGUGGAGAUGAACCUGAAUGCAGCUGGCAGUCUGGAGGACCUGACCGCUCUGGAGGACGGAGGGGCAGGAGGAGGCUGCGAGGCGGGGUGCUCAGGGGCAGGGAUGGGGGGCAUGUCAGCACAUGCCCUGAAGAGACUAGAGAACCUGAAGAUAGAGAAGCUGAAACAGGUCAGAAGACCAACUCCGCCCGGAUGCUGUGGUGGGGGGAACAAGCUGCUUGCACUCACAGGUGGUCCAGGCGAGAUGAUGGGAGGGAUGUGUUCUCCCUCGCCCCUCCUCUCCAACCGCCGAGUCAUGGAACUGUCCAAUCACGAGCUGGGGGGUGGAUCCUCUGGCAUGGUCUGUCCUAUCAGUGACCGGAGGGGGAGUGGCACCAGCAGCAUGAGCUCGGCCUACACAGUGAGCCGUCGUUCCUCCAUGGUUUCGCCCUACCUCUCCAGCCGACGCUCCAGCGAGGUCUCCCAGCUAGGAGGAGGGGGAGGUGGGGGAGGAGGAGGAGGAGGAGGAGCAGGAUUCCUGGGUUCUGACCAGGGAGGAGGUGACCCCCUCCCCCCUGAGACAAGCUGCAGAAGAGGACCCUGCCGUGGUGUAGGAGGGGCAGGAGGAGGGUUACCAGAGAUGUCUAGUCUAACGCCAGCCCAGCAGUACAGCCUGAAGGCUAAGUACGCAGCAGCUACUGACGGCCCACCCCCCACCCCACUACUUAGUAUGGAGCAGGGCCCGGGAACAGCCAGGAGGAGAGGAGGCUUCCUCAGCGAGUACCAGGGUCAGCCGCUGCCAGCGUUCCUGCAGUAUGGCGGUCCCAGGAGACAACGGGCCAACACGGGAGAGUAUGGCACUGGGGUCAUCUACCCCCACCAAGCCCCAGGGAAUGUCACUCGGCGCUCCAGUGACCCCGUCCGCUCCACUGGCAACCCCCAUGCCCUUCCCAAGGUGCAACGCUUCAAUAGCCUGAACAACCUGGCCAUGAUGGGCCGGAGGAACGCCCUGCAGCAUUGUGGGUCAGACGCCAACAUCAGCCGCCAUAUGUUAUCCCCGCGGCCACCCAGCAUCACAGAGAACGUCGUGAUGGAGGCCAUGGCCAUGGACGCCCAUGGUGGAACCGUGGAUGCCAGGGACCAUGGCAUGAUGCUUCCCCCAGGAGAGAGAGGCUUCCUGGGCUACCAGAACCACCACAUGGGGGGUCCCUCCAGCCAGCUAUCACCCAGCCACGACAGCCUGGGCUGCCCGGAGCAGGGCUAUCAGCGAGUGACAGAGACGUCCAUGCAGGGUGGGCACUACCAGGGUACUACCAGGGGACCAGGACAGGGCCAGAUGGGGCAAGGGGGACCCAUCCACUCAGAGGGGAUGUCCAACACCUUGUUACAGCAGGCUGAGUACAGCAUGAGUACCUGCCAGCUCAGCCCCUCUGAACCACACUACCCCCGCCUGGGCCAGGGAGGGCCCGAUGGAGGUGCAGGGCCCUGGGAGGAGAGCAAUCAGGUCCAGACCCCUCAUGGAGCUCUCCAGACAGGGAUGCAGUACCAGGGCCAGGGCUCUAUACAGGGCCAAGUGCAGACACAGGGUCUCUACAGCAGCCAGCAGAGUCUGUACACCCAAGGCCCAGAUGGAGGCCACCAGAAUCUGAACAUCAAACCAGAGCAGCAGCAGUAUCAUCCAGCCCUUGCCAACCCAGACGCCUGCCAAAAGCAGCACCAACACCAACAACAGCAGAGGCCCAUGCCCAUGGGACCCAUGUCCCCUCAGAGUUACCCCCAGCCGGGGCAACCUGGCCAAGGCAUGAUGAGGACUAUUAACCCCUCCUGUAACUUCCAUGGUGGAGGGAUGGAGAACCAGAUCCAGGCCUCCAUGCAGCAGGGACAGCAGCAAAGCGGGGGCCUCAGCGUGGGGUCGGCUGGUCUGGGGCCUGGGGGCCAGUCUCAGACACCAAUGAUGCAGGUGAAGGAGAUGAUGGUGAGGAACUAUGUGCAGUCGCAGCAGGCACUGCUGUGGGGUCAGGAGCAGGACCAGAGGGGGAUAGCAGCAGAGGGAAAACCCCUUCCUCUGUCAGACAGCAUGGACAUGACAGGACAACAGCAACAACACCAACACCAGCCCCAGCAACAACACCAACAAAGCCUCUACCCCAAGCCAGACUCCAGCAUCCCAGGCUAUUCCACCAACCAGAAACUGAUGAUCCCUCUAAGCCAUAGCCGAGGAGGCCCCAGCUCCGGCUCCUCCAUCCCCUCUAACGAGGUCCCCAUGAUGAGCCUGCCUGGAGGGCCAGGGUCCUGCUACAGCCAGGAAAUGGGAGUCCCUGUGGUCCCUAGACCACCCCAGGGCCGGAAGCCUCUCAUCAGGCAGAAUAGCCUCCAGUCCCAGCCAGGAGGAGGGUACCUGGGCAGUCCUCCACAUGUCAGCCCAGUCCAGUCUACCUCCAGCCCAAGGAGAGCAGUCCGACUGCCCCCUGUCCAGCGCUCUCAGACCCAUCGGGAGAUCUUCUCUCCCUCCAACAAUAGCAACAUGUAUUACUCGGGCCAGAUCCACAUGCAGCACCCUGACAUGGACAAGCAGCAGAUCCAAAUCCAGCGGAUCACCCAUCCUCACCAGGACCCAACCCAGACCGGGCCCUGCCUCAACCAGCACCAGGGGCACCUGGUGACCCAUAUGGACCAUCAGCGGAACAAGUCUGCCCAGCUGGGCUACCUCCAUGACCAUGGGUCCCCCCCCAUCUCCAAUGCUCUGGAGAACGUGGAUCUGGAUAAUGCCCAGAUAGACUUUACCUCCAUCAUUGAUGACCCAGACCCCUCGUCCUUCAGCCCCGUCAAUCCACCUCUCCAUGGGGGUUCUGGGGGUUCAUCCCAGACCUCGUCUCAGCCUCAAUCACCCCACAGACCUCCACCACCCUGCCCUCCUGUGCUCCCCAACAUGGCUGUAGGGGACAUGACCUCCAUGCUCACCUCUCUGGCUGAUGAGAACAUGUACCUGAAUACGUUGUCUUAGAACCUGAACACGCUCAUAAAGUUGACUAGAGGGCCUCAUCUAUCUGUCUCGAGAGACUAAGUAACUGAAGAUACUGUCGUAGUACAAGUACCUAGACUGUCCUAGAGUGGACCCUAGGGCCACAGCCCGUUGGUGUUUGCUUACCACUUAAUAUAAAGUUACAGGAAAUGACUGUGGAGACUAAAGGUACUGAAAAGAUGGCCCCUUUCUCUUGGCCUCACGCAGACGUGUUCUGUCCCUGGCCAGGAUGAACAGAUACACAGUAGCUACUCCUUAGAGGACUUUAAGCCAAACCAAAGGUGCCUACUGAUCUUGAUCACUGUGUUCUCUUGUCUCACAAGAAGAUGACUGACUUUGGCGUUGCUUUGUA